AUGCGGUAUCUGGACAGUUUACCCUCUGAUUCGAAUGACGACCUCGCCCUCAUGAUUGAUGGCUAUGAUGUGGUCUUCCAACUUCCCGCCGAUGUUCUCAUUCAACGGUACUUCGCUGUCAUAGAAACAGCAAACGCCAAAAUCGCUGCGCGAUUUGGCCAGGACUCAGUGGAAAGCCUAUCUGGCGACAACAGCCCACGACAAACCAUUCUAUUUGGUCCCGAGAAACUCUGCUAUCCAAUCGACGGGAAUCGACCAGGGUGCUGGGCUAUACCUGAGGAUAUCGACAUCCCUGUUGGCGCGUUCGGACCAGACAAGGGUGGUUUCAGUCACAAUCUGCCCCGGUGGCUUAAUUCUGGCACCAUAAUGGGCCCAGUCGGGGAUAUGAGAGAAUUAUUUGCAGCAACUUUGAAGCGGAUCAACGCCACCUAUAACCCACAGCAUGAAUUCAGCGACUCGGAUCAAAUGUACAUGGGUGAUGUCUGGGGGGAGCAAGAGUUUUGGCGUUCCGUGAACAGACACAACCAUUACUUCCAUGACGAUGUGGACCCAAGGACGAUCGCACCAGCUGGAGAGCCGGAUAGAAUCGUACCAACUAGGGUUUCUGGCCAAAAAACGGAAUUUCACAUUGGGAUUGACUACAAAUCCGGGCUUUUCCAGACCCGUGCUGGCUCUGACCAUGUCCUGGAACAUCUUGCUUUCAAUCAAACUGCAUCCGACGGCGUUGGUGCUUCAGUCUUGAUAACUCAAAAUUCGAUUGAAUCCCCGAAUUUUCAGCCCUAUGAGAUUGAACUCCCCAUCAAUGUCAUCUCCUCAUUGAUAAGAAUAUCGAGUGCAAUCUCUGACGUCCUCAAUGCCGACCCAAAAGAUUUCGUCACGAAGAUACAUCUCGGAACAAACCUAGUGACUAAAAGUAUCUAUGGGUUAUUCCAUUGCAUUGGUGAAAAGACCUAUCUCAAUGACUUGUGGUAUCGGCUAUGGUUUCAACAGUAUGCUCAGUCCCUUCUAGAAGCGGGAAUUCAGUCUAUGAAAGAAAAGAAGGAAAUUUCCAACGCCCUGAUUGAUGGGCGAAAAUGGGUCGUCGCUCAUGGCUACCCGAUCACAUCUGACCAAGGCGUACACGCUGCGGGCGCAUGGAUGGAUGUUGACGGCCAAUGGCUAACAUGGAGCGAGCUAUGCCAAUCGUUCGAAGACGACCUUUUCGGGGCGACAUCGUAA